GUAGUGAGACCACCGUGUCAACGGAUGAGAAAGACGCUCAGAUGGUCCCAAGAAUGAAUGCCGUGAGCCAGGAGGAGUCGACUGAGACCGUUUGGGAAGCGGAACUGGAACGACGUAAGAAUCUUAUUAUGGACGUCUGCAAAAAACAUGGCAUGUCGCUAGAUUGGAGGCCAAAUCCCAGCCGACAGAAAUACAUUGUGGUAGAAGAAAAGAGCAAAGUUAUGGCAUGCUUAGUGCCAAUUCCUAAGUCAGGGUUGUCAGGCUGGAAAAGAUGGCUUCUGGCCAUUGGAGGCUACAUGAAUGGCACCAUGCUUCAAGACAUCGCGAUCUCCAAAAAGUUGCAGGCGGAAUUAUCUGUCAAGCACCUAAAGUCAAUGCCCGCUUCAACACCCGAGCAACUGACUGCGUAUUACAAAGUGUUUUUCAUUGGGGAUCCUUUAGAAAGACUCCUUUCUGUGUAUAAGAAUAAGAUUGAAACAAACCAUUUUAACAAUCUGGAGGUCGUUUCAGUUGUAGGAAAUUAUGUUCUGGAAAACUACCGCGGAGAAACCGCCAAACUUCCUGUGACCAUAAAAAGGGAAAUAGGAAAGGCCGUCUGCACUCUUCCAAAUGGGCAGACGGUCGAGUAUUAUCAGAGAGAUAAUAAGGAUUUGAUCAGUCUUUCCUUCGAUGACUUUCUCAACUACGUUGUUGACAAUCCUGAUAAAAUGGACCUGUCAUGGCAACCUCUACACGAGAUCUGUCAGCCGUGUGGGAUUAAGUACGACGUUGUCGGCUAUUUCAGUUCGUUGCUAACUGAUAAUGAUAACAUCAUAAAACAUCUAAAAGUAGACCCGACUAUCAAAUUCCCCGACUAUUUGUAUGAUUCGUCUGAAAAAAUUAUGGAUGAAUAUUAUUCGAAAGUUAGUAAGCAGGUGUUGAAUAGGAUAAAGCAGAUGUAUGAGACAGACGGCCAGAUGGCUGGAACGGUUCCGUUGGAAAGCGAAGUUCAGGGAAACGCGGCAAACAAUUCUGCGGCGACAAACGACACUGAUGCUAGUCAGUACGUCAAUCCAAUUCCUCCCCCUGAGGAGGAAUUCAUUUGA